AUGCUACAGGCUGGAGCUAACAUCCUGGCUGCUCUGGGGAGCGCCAGGGAUGCUCAACUUAGGGAGAUGAACGCCACCAUCUCCGUCAUCGAGAAACUUAUCAACGCUGUCUCGGCAGUCGAGAACCAACUCGAAUGCCCGCUUGAAAAACAGGCCAGCAAAACGAUCAUCGGAAAACUUCACUCGUUCCUGAUUCGGGAAGCAACGCAGAGGACACAUGCUCUUCCUCCCUCUCCUACCACCACUCCUCCGACUCCUUCCGAAGCUUCUCUCCCAGAAGCUUCUGCCCCCGCCAUUGAUCCGGCCUCUCCCGAGCCUCGGAGCCCCCGUGUUUGA